CGGAGCUUAAAAUCUACGACACAAAUCUCAUUCCAUCUCAUCCCAUGUCUGUUCUCCAUUAUAUAUCUUUAUAAUGUCUUUCUGGGAGCAAAAUAAAGGCACAAUUAAAUCUGCGGGAAAGGGUGCCGCCAAGGUAACGGGCCGCGGUAUCAAGACGGUUUCUAAGGCCGGUUACAAGACGUACAAGAAUCACUCUGGUGGUAAUAGCUCAACUUCCGGUACCGCUGUGGAUCCUGAGACAGACCAGGUUGAGAUUCAGGUGAGGCCGGUGGAAUCAUUGCGAGACCCGAAGUCGUUUCCUGCGCCGCCGAGAAGAGUCCCAGGGCAGCCAGGCCAGGUUUACCAGCAGCCAGUGCAGCAAUACCAACAACCAGUUCAACAGCCAGUUCAACAACCAGUUCAGCAACCAGUUCAACAACCAGUUCAACAACCAGUUCAACAACCAGUUCAACAGCAAUACCAACAACCAGUUCAACAACCAGUUCAACAGCAAUACCAGCAACCAGUUCAACAGCAAUACCAGCUGGAACUGGGUCAAUCUCCUCAAUUACAACAACCAGGUCAGUACCAGCAACAAGGGGCUUCUCAAAACGAGCCAAUUCAGUUGUACGACCAUCUGAACGUUCACACUCCAAACUCUGCGUCAUCUUUACCACUCGCCCAGGCUCCAGCAAUACCAGCUAGAGUGCUUCCACCGGCCCCAGCCCAACAACCCCUGGGCAUCACCAUGGAUCAGCUAAGAUCAGCUGGAAACGCCAUAAUGCCCAUGCUCAAUUCUCAGCCAUCCCAAGGACAACAAGGACAGCAAGGACAACAAGGAUUUACGAUGAAUCAGCUCAAAUCGGCUGGGAACUUGGUUUUGAGUACCCAGGGUGCUCAACUGGGACAGCCGGCUACUCCAGCUCAGCAUAAUCCGAACGGUGAUCAAACGGUGAUUACGUUUGACCAGAUGAAGUCUGCGGGUGGGUUUCUCAUGAACGCCGUGGCUCAACAACAGGCUCAACAACAGGCUCAACAACCAGAACCUCAGCCCCAACCAAUCCAACAGCAGUACCAACAGCCAAUUCAACAGCAAUACCAACAGCCAAUUCAGCAGCAGCAACCAAUCCAGGCCCAGCUGCCAGUCCAACAGCAAUACCAACAGCCAAUUCAACAACAACCAAUCCAGGCUCAGCUGCCAGUUCAGCAACCCCAGCAACCCCAGCAGUUUCAACAGCCUUUACCUCCUCAAGGUCAGCCCCAACAACUCCCUGGUAUGUACGACAGAGCUGCUCAUCCCCCACCUCAACUUCAGGUACAGCAAAAUGAGCAAUAUAUUCAACAAAGCUAUCAGCAGGCACCAGUACCUGAGCCGGAAGCUCCAGCUGGGUUCACCCCAGAGCCUUACGUUAAGCCAAAGGUUGGCAAUUUCGGGGUUCCACUACCGGACGAGGAAAGAGAGGAGAAACCAAAGGCUCCGUUGCCUGAUCCGUCAUCAUUUGCGCCACCACCUGUGCACAAAUUCCGUAGCUCUUCUGCAGGAACCCACUUACCCACUCCGACUCGUACUCCUGUUCCCACUGCUUCUCCUCUCAAUCCAGCUGUAUUGACCCCUGAAACCACGGCUGCACCAGCCUACUCUGAAACCGCACCAGUCCAUACCGGGAUCGCACCAGCUCCACUGCUACCGGCGAGGACUGCGGCAUCGGCGUAUGUCGGGAAGUACGCGAGUCAGAACCCGAUCUUAAGAGCCCCAAAGGCAGCUCCUAGUGUUGCUGAUAUCGCGUUUCUUCCUCCACCACCACCGCCCUCGAGUGCUAGGACCAAUGGUGUGGCUUUUGAUCCUAAGACUAAGGCCCAACCAGGCUUUCCACCGGGAAUGCCCGCAAGAGGAUCCACAGCCUCGGUCGAGACAGUGGCCAAGCCAAAGCUAGACAUAUCGUCGUUACCACCACCUCCAAAGCCUCACAGACCGGAGGUUGCGAUAACUCCAGAUUCUCCUCCCCCGGAAUACUCGGUACCAGAGCUGUCAGAGAGCCACUCCAGUGGAAAGGUGCCGCCCCCAAAGCCAGCGAAAAAAAUGGCUCCACGACCACCCAAACCGGCUCAGCUUCAAUCGGAAAGCGCCGAGGAGAUUGCGACCCAUGAGAAGAUUCCAUCCAGGUCGUACUAUGAUGUAUUUGGCGAAGCAAAGACCCCCAAGGUACCAGUUCUUGCAGUCCCCCCUCCGGCGGUUGCCCCCAGCAAGGCUCCUAAGCCAACAAAGCCUUCGAGGAAUGACAUCACAACUUUGAAAGUUAUGCAGCACGUGCCAUUCGCGAUGGAGGACGUCGAUGAACCUGAAACGAUCCCGACCCAGUCUAAAACUGAAGGGUUGGAGAUGAUCCACCCUCCAGCUUUAAAGCCUAAGCCAGUGGUACCGUACCAUGGUACGCAACCCCCUAAUGUGUCUCAAGCCCAUCCUGCCGCUGUAUCAAUCAGCCCUAGACCGCCAGCAGUCAAGCCAAAACCAUCUUACACCGGUGUCCAGCUUCCUGGAUUGUCUCAACUUUCGUUGAACGAGCAAGAUGUUGCAAAGGAAGUACUGCCAGCCAAGCCUAAACCCGUCGCCAAGCCUGCCUUCCAACUUCCGGGGAUGGCUCAGCAAACAAAUGCCGAUGCUGAUGCAGAUUUUAUGGCGGCUUUACGGGGUGGGUUGAAGAAAACUCACAACUCUUAUGUCGAGAAGACAGUUGAGAAGCAAGUGGAGAACGAGAGCGAUGAUGAAGAUUUCUGGGAUGCGGAACACACUCAACCAGCCGUGGUGAAGAAGACCCCACCAAUACCAAAGACUAAGCCCACCGUGGCUAAGAAGCCGUCAGCAUCUGUCAAACCUCAAGUUUCUGCUCCUCCUGUAGCUAAGCCACAAGUUCCUGCCCUUCCCCCGGUUGAACCCCAAGUUCUUAUUGCUCUCCCGGUUAAACCUCGUGCUAGACCCAUUCCAGUAACUCCUCCACUCACUGUUCCAGUUUCAGGUACGUACCUGAGGGCACCGCCACCCCCGCCAUCGCGUUCUCAGGCUAAACAAACAGAGUAUCCCCUCGCGGCCCUCCCAAGCGUUGAAUCCUUAAACUUGAAUACCUUGUGGUUCACUAAGGAUCAACCGCUUGUUUUACCUGCCUGCUUAUCCGGCCUCAACACUGCCACCUCCUUCGGCACCUCCUUUGUUAACGGGAGAGAAAACAAGUUUUUGAAUAUGGCGGUUAGAAUGAGCGAUUUGUCGAUCUGGAAACUCCAUUUCAGCUGGGCCACUAGUUUCCCGGAACGCUACGAAUUCAGCCAGAGACAGGUUUCUGGCCCGUUGAAACCGUCGGCGCAAGAGCUACAGGUGUCCGCCGACAAGUUCGGUGACUAUGUCGCCAGUUGGUGCGAGGGGAAGCUAGGGAAGCAGGUGGGUAAUGGCGAGUGUUGGACGUUGGCCCAUGAUGCCUUAGUAAAAGGCUGCGGCAAUCACACGUUUGUGAGCACCGGCUUGAUCCAUGGUGCGUUGGUGUACGACUCCGAGGAACUGCAAAAUGUGGAGUUGAGACGUGGUGAUAUUAUUCAGUUCCGGUCGGCGGUAUACCACAAUGGCGGUACUACCUUCAGUUACGGCGCGCCAGACCACACAGCUGUCAUCACUAAUGUGACGCCGUUGCAGAUUGUCCAUCAGAAUGUGGGUGGGGUGAAGCAGGUGAUGCGUGGUACUUUGGACGGAGAGUUGACCAGCGGAAGGGUACAGAUCUUCAGGGCCAUGCCGCGCGAGUGGGUUGAGGAGUUGAACCCCUCGUUCCCAUAGAAUUCCAGAACUGUAAAGUCUGGUGGACUGUAUAGUAAUAGAAAAUGUUUAGGUGAAUCUGCAUCGUGCAGUACAGGAAAGGGUAUAAAUCCAAGUUUGAUUCUGGAAUCACUGGGGUAUAGGAAUGUGUUUCCAAAGACACUGAAUAUGACAAAGAGAGCAUGAAGCUGGGAAAUACCGGUAGGUAGCACGUUACUCGGGUCUGGUUCUCAAUCUAUCACCUAGCAUUUUUUAUAGCUCAUAUACAAGUGACUGGGCCUUACACUUAUGAGAGACCAUUGCGUAGUUGCGUCGCGCCAGAAAAUUCUUCCUGGUUUAGGGCAAACAGAAUGGCUCAAGAUCUACAAGCGAAUAUCUCCGAAGAAGGCGUCUGAGUCUCCGGUCACGUUGUCUAUCGGUAAAAUGACUUUGUUAU